UAUCACGUGAUAGGCAAAAUGGCGACAACACCAAAAGAGAGAUUUGACGCUGCAGUCAAAGUUAUUCAUGGUUUGCCAAAAGAGGGGCCCUUCCAGCCUUCGUAUGAAAUAAUGUUAACAUUUUAUGGGUUGUAUAAACAAGCCACAGAGGGAACUUGUACAAAACCAAAGCCAUGGAGCUGGGAUAUAGUAGCUAAGAAGAAAUGGGAUGCCUGGAACAAGCUUGGAACUUUGACAAGUGAUCAAGCCAUGGAUCUCUAUGUUGAAGAACUUAAGAAGAGUAUUGCCUUGUCCACAAACAAGUGGAACACAAUGGGUGACAAGGAUAAAAGGAUUGUGGAAGCCAUGCCACAAGAAAAGCCUGUACGAGAUUUUAUGUCGACCAUUGGAACAUUUUAUGAAUUGAUAGAUGAGAGGUCUCCAUUUGAGGAUGAAAAGCGUUCUUAUGACCAUGCUAAUGGUGAUACAAAUAGAAAUGUCAUACAGGCAGAUAUAAGCAAUGGAAAUGAAAUGGCAAUGAACCACUCCAUGUUGAUUGAUCCUCUUCUUAAAGAUCUAGUCAAACAAGACAUCAAAAUGAAUGGAAUGCCUAGAGGUUUUCAAGACAAGGAUUUUGGUGAAGAUAAACCAACAGAAUCAGCUUUAUCUCUAGUAGAUUCAGAAAGAGAAAACUGGGACAGAAUUUCUAGUAUAAAAAAUGCUCAGGACCAAGAUAUCAAUGGUGGUAUGAAUGGUUUCCAUGACGAUCAGGAGGACGAAGAUGAAUCGGAAGUACACACUCCAGAAAUCCAGACCCAAAACCACACUAGGAAAAAUAGUGAAAUGCUUUAUGAUAAUAUAGAGCAUCCAGUUAAUGGUGAAACAGGGACAGCUGAUACAGUGCCCUCUAAUGACAGACUUACAAGUGAGAGUGAAAGUGAUGAUGAGUUUUGUGACACAUCAGAUCAACCAUCUCCGGAGGAGUUGUCUAGAAUGACCUCUAAAGAUCAACAAAUGUCAACACCAUUAAAAGGAAAUUUACAAAAUAAUAGACAGAAAUAUGUUCAUUUUAGUGCUAAUCCAUCAUUACGAACUGAUGUUGAAGUAGAUCAACAGACAUUUUCACCAAUUCCAAAUCGUUUACAUCGAGAUGAUAUAUCAAUGUCACGGAACUUCCCUUUUGGAUUAAAUUUUCAACAGAAGUCCCCACAUGAUAGUUUAAUUGUUCACGGACCAUCGGAAGAUUCAUUAAAUGUUACAGGGCUUAGUGAAAUAGGAAGUGAGAAUUCAAAUUCAUCUGCACAAUCAAAUAGUUUAACCAAAUCUGAAGUAUUAAUGGAAGAAAAUAUAAGGACUUGUGGUGGUGGUCAGAUUUCCCCACCUGGUGGAAGUUCUAGUGGGAAACUUCCUAGUCAGGGAUCAUACAGCUCACAGGGUUACAGACCAGUUGAAGGUUAUGGUUUUUAUGAUGGCUUCCCUGUUGAGGGAGGACAGGGAGGGGAAGGAGGAGGAGGGAGGGACCCUCGAUAUCCACCACAGAUGUUUGGAUCAGUCAAUGAACAGAUUGCUGUCACAUUAAUGAGGCUUCAGCAAGAUAUGCACACAGUAUUACAAAGACUUGAUAGCUUAGAGGCUGUUUCUAGGCAACAGAGAAAAGCUGAACAAAGAAAUUCAAUUUUUAUGUCCAGUUGGUGGCCUUUCCCUAACUUAACAGGGAAGACAUUUUUGUUCGUUGUUAUAUGGCCUAUGUUUGUAUACUGGUUAAUGUCAAGAAGGAGAAGAAGGACAAAUUAAGAAAUUCAUAUUGUGAGAGAAUAUUGUUACCUCAAAAAUGGACAUGCACGAAAGAACGAGUCAGCUUUAAAUUACACUGUCGACAUUACAAAAUUAAAAGCUGUAUGUUAAGAUAAAGAAACUUUAAACCAUUUAGAUGAUGUUUAAUAUACUUAAUUUUGAUAAAUAUUCAGAUUACUUUAUGUGUGGCUAUUAAAAGUGAAACAAAAAUUCAUGUUUGCAUAUUGUAAAUUACAUGUAGUUAAUUUAUAGGGAUCUUUUAUUUUGGCAUUUAUUUAUUUUUUAGAUUAUCUGGACUAUCUUUUGUUGAUGUGUUCAGAUAAAAAAUAAUCUAGAUUUUACAUAUUCAGGACAAUUCAUAUUUACGUUAUUUUUGGCUUUAUAAUUCUAUGCUGGCUAUCAAUAGUUGCUAAUACUAAGCAUUAGACAAAAACUCUAAAUCAGAGAUGUUUUAUAGUCGAUUUCCUUGUUCUGGUUGGCAUGGAGAAAUUGGUAUUGAUUUGAAUGGCAUUUACGAAUGGUUGUGUUUACAAAUACUUAAAAAAAAAGAUUGCACCUUAAUUUUAUUGCUUGUAAUGUUAAUGAACAUAACUUUUGAAAGUUUUUUUUACAAUCGUUUUAUUUGAAAUGACGAAAAUCAGGCAUACAUGUAGAUUAUAAGAUGUGUAUACAACUUAUGCAUAAAUCAAAAUCUUAAAUGACUGAAAAUGGUGAUAGUUAAUUUAUGAAGAUGAUUUUCUAAAUAUUAUUAAUUAUAGUAUUUGUUUACAUCCAGAAGAUACUAGGACAGCACUGAUUUGCUUCAUACAGGCUAUACUCUGCAACAGUGGCUGAAAAUGAAAAUCAUGGGAAAUGUCUUAAAAAUACAUAUAUCAUAACAGGCCAAUUGCUAUAUGAAAAUUUUUUGUUAUUCACUCCAUAACUUAUGGGAAAUUCCUUAAAAGCAUGUAUAUCUUAACAGCAUAAUUACUAUAUGAACAAUUUUUGUUAUUCACUGCAAGAAUUAUUAGUGUUAUAAAGAUCAUUGAUUAUUCCAAUGUGUUCAUUUUACAAAUACAAUCAUAACCAGAGGACAUGAUGAGUGUGUAUUGCAUGUAUGUUUAAGAAUGGAAUUAUUUUUUAAAUUAUUUUGUUUUGAUUGUAAAGUGAAUAAUUCAAGUGAAGAAUAAAUGUAUGUCAGAAAAUUAGAAAUGUAAUAAGAAAGUUGUAAACCGAUAAGCAAAAUGAUUAUUUUGUCUUUUUUAUGAAUGUUCAGAGAACAGGUACAUUUUGUUCAUAUUUGAGGAGCUUUUCAAAUACAAUUUUUUUUUUACAUUUGACCUUAUAUUCUAUCUUUUCCAUGAAUUUAACUUUUGUAUAUCAGUAAAUAGUACAAAUGUUAUUUAAGGAAUGACUGUUAUGCCUUUUCCGUCUAUGAAAAAUGUGAUGCACACUCAAUAAUCUGCACAGCGAGUUAUUUUAAAGUGUGCACCAUAUUUUUUAUGUUAUUUUGAAUAGACAGAAAAAAAUCUUACAGUUAUUACUUAUAAGGUUAUUCUCAAUUCCAUUUUAAACCGGAGUAAACCAUGAAAAAACGUUGAUGACAUCACUGUCACAAGACUAAAUUAUGUCUAUGAGCUGAUAAUCUGAUAAAACAACAUCAACCAAUCAGAAGACACUUUACAUCAACAAUUAAAUUAUUCAAAUUGAAUUUUGAUUAAGGUCUUCACUGAUUUGCUUUAGAACAUAAACCGUAGGAUCUAAAUAACUCAUAAUCUCAGCUUUGUCUUUUACCUGAACCUGUACAAAUGUGUCUACAAUUCAAUGUGGUAGUUAUAUUUUACAUUAUGGUGAAUACAGUUUUACUCUUAAUCAUUUAUAAAGCAUCUCUGAAGAUUAUGGCUCAUUAUCUGCUUCAAAUUUAUUAAAUUUAAAUAAUAUAGUAUACAUUUUAGAUCAGUGUUAUAAACCAUAUUUUAUGAAGACUGAUCUUAACAGAUUGUGACAAUAGCCACAAAACAAAUGUAUGAUUGAAAUUGCAAUAUCUUUUUAGGAUGGAAGUGAUGAUUAUUUAUGUUCAAUUUUGUAUAAAGAACCAAAUUUUAUUUUAAUGAAUCUGUGAUAUUUUUAUUGAUUUAUUUUAAAACAAAAUAAAUGAAAAUUUAUUGUUCUGAA